CCAUAAAUUCUAUAAAUACUACCUAUGCCCUAAUCCAGUAAAGCCAAUGCAACUCUUCUUCCUUCAACAAUUAGAAUGUCAUCAAAAAGACCCUUCACCGAAAUUGAUUCAUGUACCGAUCAGCAGAUUCAGACGAAACGACCUCGCCAGUCGUUUGCCUCGAUCAUUGGGGAAGUUGUAAUGGUGAAUUCCUUAAGACAUUUAUCAAAAGCACUGGAACCAUUACUCAGACGUGUGGUGAAUGAAGAAGUCGACCGGUGUUUGAUUCGUUAUUCAAGAUCAUUAACCAGAGCAUCUUCUUUAAAGAUACAACCCUUAGAACCAUCUAGUUUUCAGUUAUAUUUUGUGAAUAAUCUUCCCUCUACUAUUUUUACUGGGAGUAAAAUUACCGACGUUGAGAGUCGACCACUCAGAAUCGCUAUCGAAGUAGGUGGUGAAGAUCCGUCGUUGCUGCCUAUUUCAGCGUUGUUGAAAAUUGAAAUCGUUGUUUUGGAUGGGGAAUUUGCGUCGGGAGAUCGGGAGGAUUGGACGGCUGAGGAAUUUAAUGCUAGCAUUGUUAAGGAAAGAUCUGGAAAGAGGCCACUGCUUCACGGCGAAAUGAAUGUAGUUCUUAGGCACUGUGCUGCGACGAUUGGGGAUCUUGAAUUCACCGAUAACUCAAGUUGGAUAAGGAGCAGAAAGUUUCGGUUGGGAGCCCGAAUUGUUUCCGGUUCGGACCGAGAUAAAUUCCCCCGCAUUAGGGAAGCCAUAACCGAACCUUUCGUGGUUAAAGAUCAUCGUGGUGAAUUGUACAAGAAGCAUUACCCUCCAAUGUUGAAUGAUGAAGUAUGGCGACUGGAAAAGAUUGGGAAAGAAGGAGUGUUUCACAAAAAAUUAAGCAAUUACAAUAUCAAAACAGUUCAAGAAUUUUUACAGCUUUACACUAUUGAUCCACAAAAACUAAGAACGAUUUUAGGGGUAGCAAUGUCUGAAAAGAUGUGGGAUGCAACAGUAAAACAUGCAAAAACUUGUGAAUCAGGAAGCAAGCUCUACAUGUUCCGUGGACCCAAUUUCUUGCUGUUUUUGAACCCAAUUUGUGAAGUUGUUAGAGCCAUGAUUGGAGAACAAAUAUAUUCGUCUCGAGACCUCCACAAUAUCCCCCAGGAUUACUUGAAGAAUUUGAGGAGACAAGCAUUUGAUAACUGGGCUUCCCUACAAGACUUUGAAGGAAACUUGAGAGAAUCAUUGUCAUUAACACAAGGCAAUGAAGGCAGUGAGUUUCUAGUUGGGAAAUCUUUGCUUCAAAGUAGCUAUGAGUUUCUAAGUGGGCAACUCGAAUGCCAAGAUUGGGAUUCCAAUUCCGAAAAUCAGUUUAAUAUCUCUGCAAGAAUCGAAGGGAAUUUUCACUGUAAUUUUGGAUAGUUUGUUCUUAUCAUCACAAUUAAAUAGCUGCUCUUGUAUUAUCAGUUAUCCACCAAUUUUCACCUCCAGACUACUACUAUUCCUAUGGUCAAUAAAAUUCAGUUUGUUUCCAAAUUUGUUUAACACUCUUGGGCGUUGAAUGAAAUGCCAAAUUGAGUGAUUUUCCUCUCUGCUUCUCAUUCUCUCUCACAUUAAGUUUCAAUUGACUUUAACUAUGAAUAAAACCAUUGACUUGUAAAAA